AUGGAAGCAGCGAAAGAUGGCAGGCAGUGGCAACGGUAUGUUCCUUCUUCUCAAAAAGGUUUUACUGGUACAAGAAGAAUAGCAAAUUGUUCUGGUACGCAUCAGUGCCCCAGUAAACAUUGUUCGUUUUUGAAAGAAUUUAGUCAACCAAAUACAACACAAUUCAUAGGAAGCGGACAGAAACGCAACUGUAUGCACUGUAACACAAGAUUGGUGUAUGUUCCCUGUUCGGCCAGAAAAAUUUGGGAAAUUCCAAAAGCUGGCAAUACAGUAACUGUCUACCAUUAUGGCAUUCAUACUUGCCCAGUAAAACCCCCGAAAAAGAAUGUAAAACAUCUUAAAAAAAUGAAAGAUAAAUUUGCUGAAACGCCAAAAGUAACCCCCACACAAAUGUCUUUUCAGUCCGUUAUUGCUUCUAUCGAGGGAGAUGGUACGUGGGAUGAAAUUGAAGAUGUGGCCGAGCAAUUCUCUGAUGUUCAUACAAUUAAGAAUGCAAAGAAAUUAGCUGCCAAACAAAAACGUCCACAUGGGCACAGCUUUGAAGCCAUAUCUGUCCUAAAAAGGAAAACAGACAUGAAAGAUCCAUUUCUUAUUUACAAAGCCAAUGACAGAACCAUCAAUGAGCGACCUAGCUACAUCUUUAAAUCCAGUAAAUUACGGGCGAACAUGGCGAUAAAUAUGGAUUGUACUGGUGAUCACGUGCUUUCUACAGAGUACUGUCAUUUUGACGGCAAGCACAAUCGUUGCAAAAAUUUUGUUACCUUAACUGCAAGUGUAUAUCAUCCUGUUCUUCAUCGAAUGGUCAAACUCGCUAUAAUGGAAUGUAAUUUGGAAAAUGAAGAAAAUCUCGUUCUGUUUUGGAAUUUGUUUAACGAAGUAUUACGCAAGGAAAGUGGGAAUGAGGAUGCAUUUUUUGAUCCAUCUGGUUUUAUCUGCGAUGAAGCAGGAGCAAACUGGGCUUCCUUGAAGUCGGUUUUUGGCGAAGACGUCCUGCAGCGCACCAAAGGUUGUGAGUUACACUAUCUCCAAUCACUUCAUAGACACGCAAACACACUUAAUAGUAGAAAGUCGAAACAUCAGUUCAAGAAACUUGGCAAUAAUUUGAGGGAGGUGGCCACUCCUGCAGGUUUUCAAGCUGCUCAUGAAGCGAUUAAAAGUUUUAUAAAUGCAAAACAUGAGAAACGUAAACACCUUUGUCAUUGGCUCCAGUGGUUGGUAGAACGAAAGACACACUUUUCCAAAGCAUAUCGCCCCCUUCAUAAUGCGCCAACGACUAAUCUUUCAGAGCCUGUGAAUUCUAGUUUUCAAAAAAGGGGCAAUUCAAACAUCAGUCUUAUUGAUGCAGCAUUGGAAGAUGUUGCAGAAAGUGUAUUAUUUGAGAAAAUGUGGCUUCGUCAGAGUAGAGGUGAGAAGGUUUAUGGGACAGGACCCACCCAACCACAACUUCAACAAAGAGAAAACAGUAAUCAGGUCAGAAGAGCAGAACAAAUAGUGAAAGAAAUGGACAUAUAUGGCAAUCCAGAUGCAGUUGUUACUUGA